CGGCACCGGGAGCAUGGGAAGCGCCUGGCUCUGCCUGCUCUGCCUGGCCGGCUCCAGCCUGGUCCUGCCGGGCACCGCCGAGCCGGUACCGGGGCUCCAGCCGGCCCAGAGCCUGCCCGGGCACAGCCAGGAGGAGAUGGAGCUGGUGGAGGCUCUGCAGGAGGUGCUGGAGAAGCUGGGGAGCAGGGACCUGCCGGCGGUGGAGAAGAGGCUGAGCUGGGUGCCCUUGUGCGAGCCGGGGGAGCCGUGUGCGGUGCGGAGGGGGGCACGCAUCGGGAAGCUCUGCAGCUGCCCCCGCGGCACCGCCUGCAACUUGUUCCUCCUCAAAUGCUCCUAAAGGACAUCACUGGGGGCACCGGGGACGCUGCCACCCGCCGGGAUGUCCCCCCCCGUGCAAUGGAGGGGGAUCCACGGCCCCCCCGGUCCCCUCCCUUCACCUGGAGGUGCCUGCACAGCACCCUGGGGGUGCCCUGGUCCCUGGGGUGCUGGGGGUGUCCG